AUGGCGAGUGGGGUGAAAUCACCCUGCGGGGAUUGCUUCCCAGAGGAGGAUAUCAGGAAACCAUCUGCAGCAGCCAACGAGGGGGAUGAAGGAACAGAACAACAGCUCCCGAAGAUCAGGACGAGAGGCAGGAACCAUGGAGACCAGACCUGGCCUUCAAGGAAAGUGAUUAAUGGAAUUAAACAGGGUCAAUGCCAAAUAAGUUCCACAGAUGAUGAGAUAACCCAGUCACUGGAGAUAGUCUCAGAGGAAUAUGAGUGGCCUCAAUCUAAGAAUUCUCUGUUACUAAUUGAAGAACUGCGAAUGCACUGUAAAGAUUCUGUCAGCUUAUUGAAAAUCCAGGAUGCAGUACUUGCAUAUGAAAGAUUAAUAGAAUUUAAAAAAAAUCACUGCAGACUCCUAAUAAGAAAAGCUAAACAUAUGGAAAAUAAGGUGUGUAGACUACACAAAAAGCUCUCAGAACUAAGAGAAGUGAAAUCACAGUUGGAGCAACAAGCAGUGGAAUGGGAACAGAAGUGCUGCAGUUUGAGAAUACUUCUGGCCGGCCUGGUGGGCUAUUGGUCUAAUCCUUCACAUGUGGCACUGGUGUCCCGUGUGGCUACUGGGUGGGCACUGAGACUAGCAGCAGUGAGCAAGGACCUUCGUAGAGAGAAGAAACUGAAGAGAUCACUGCUCAGUGCUCUGACGGUGAGGCCUGUCCCAGAGGUGCCUUGCUGUGGGAAUCCUGAGAACAACUUAGUGCUCAACAGAAAUCUUGUUGUGAAAGAGAACUUGGUGAUUCCUGUCUCAGGAGCACAGCCAUCAAAUAACAGCAUGGAUGAAUAUUUGACCAAG